CCAAUGCAACCAAUACAAAAAGUAAGUGUGGCGCCUUGGCAAUAUACUAGUGUAUUGCAAUAUUAUUUUUUAAAUAUAAUUUAUAUAUUUUUUUUUUGCUUUUUAUUUUCUUUUUUCAAAUCACUUUUUUCGGUAUGGGAUUGGGACUGUAUUGGCAGAUUUUCAAGAUCAGGUGACUAGGACUCAGGUGCAAAAAUAUGCGAUCGGGGCAUCCCUAAUCUUCAUUUAGUUUUAUAGUUGACUUCAACGGGCUUGAAAACCACAAAUAUCCAACUCUUUUUGCAGGAUUUCUUUCUAUCUGAAACUCCGAUCACCGAAAUUGAUGUAAUUUUUUUAAGAAUGCUAUCUCGAUACUAAAAUUGUCCAGGCCCAGGACAUCAUCAGAUUAUCGUUAGCUGCUUGCAAUAUUUGUCAUCAAUUGCUUUUGUUCCGCAUCAUCUAAUUUGGCACAAGUGGCUUCUUUCUAAUCAUAGCCCAUGUCCUCAAACAUACCUAAGAUCUUACAUGAGUAGUGGACAACCUUGACUGACUGACACAAAUAUUUUUGCAAAGGCAAAGCAGUACAGCUGCUUACAAUAAUACGACAACAGGAAAAAACUGCCCAUUGCCUGUGUUGCUGUGUGAGUUGCAGCAUUUGGUCAAUAUGCAGCUAACUAAAAAGUCACACGAAGAGUCUUGUGCUGAUUGGCCGGCUCGUGGAAAUCUGGAUUCCAACCAAUAAGACUUCAGACACACUCACUCACACACAUUCGGAAUCAUCAAUUCAGUUUUCGAAUGUGUGUGUUUUCUAUGAAUGGCCAGCAGCACCCAGUUUUGCAAUAGGGAAAAUAAAGGGGUGGGCUCACAAGAAUUCUGCCCCCCUCUCUCUGCCCCUUGCCUGCCCCUCCUCUCAAGCAACAUUGAACACAGGCGAAGAGAGAAAGCGAGAGAGAACUGAAGAGCGAGGUGAAGGGAAGAAGACAAAGAGAAGACAGUUUUCGCUCUAUUCGGGAUUUACCUCAUAUUUGUUAAUGAUUUUAUUCUACAGAUUUUGUUUGGUCUACAACACAUCCAUCAUCCUUUACUUAAAAUGUCAUGAUGUCAGAUACGACAGCAUUCUUUACCAAAUUUGCCAGUGGAUUACUAGAACAACGUGGAUGGAUUUUUGUUGAAGAGAGGAGCGUAUCAUUUUUUUUUCCCAUGGAUGUUUUGUUGUUCACUAUCCUCCCUCCACUUGCUUUCUUUUGUAUUAGCGCGCCCUCCCGCCUUCCCUUCUUCGCUUGGAUGCACAGGCUGUUUUUGUGAUACAACAGCUCUCCUUCCCAUAGGAUUUUGUUUGACCCAUACAAGCUUUGUCCCCUAGACUUCUUCCUACAUCUUGGGAUUACAUUGCUUGAAUCUAAAGAUGACUUUCCCCUCUCUGCACUAUUUUCGUCAGUGGAUACAUUUGCUGCUCAAUGACCUGCUUUGCUAACAUACAUUUUUUGUGACCCGAGAAGAAGCACCAAGACUUUAAAUGUACUCACUGCUGCAUUCCUUUCUAACUCAAAUCUGAUGUUUAAUUUGGCAAGCCAACAGCAAUAUUACCAUGAAUGUUUUUGUUUUUUUGUGCUGGUUUGAUUUUCAUUAAUUGACUUGAACUACUAGUCCUACAGAAUGGAAUUCACGUGAUAACCUGCAGACAGUGUGGUGAAAAUGAAGAAGACACACAGCAGCACACUGAGGCGGGCAUGGCCCAGCUCUGAACUGUCAGAGCGCUUACUGUCAACAACAGCCUGUGCAGAGCCUCACAAGAGUCGACGCUCUCACAGUGAGAAGGACUACAGAAUCCGCAAACACAGAAAGAAGAACCACUAUCCUGCACAGUAUGUGUGUCAGAGUCCACCUGCUUACUUUUACACAGGUGAUGUGUCACCCAUCAGUAUGUCCCCUAUCAGCCAAUCCCAGUUCAUCCCUCUGGGAGAAGUAUUGGUAUUGGCUAUCUCUGCUAUGAACUCUGCACAUAAACCUGUCACCCAGGAGGCCCUAACGGAACACCUCCAGACAUGUUUUCCAGGUGUUCCCACACCAACAGAGGAGGUCCUUCACCACACCCUUAACAUGUUGGUCCGUGAACGCAAGAUCUUUCCAACACCUGACGGAUAUUUUAUUGUCACUCCUCAAACUUACUUCAUCACUCCAAGCCUAAUCCGAACUGGCUCCAAGUGGUACCACUUAGAUGAGCGAUCUGCUGAACGACACCAACAUCAGAAUCAACAGCAGAAUCAGCAGACUCAGUGCACCUCUCCUCUCUCUGGCACCAUCACGCCAUCUACUUCUGGUGGGGUGAGAGAUCGAAGUCACCCGAAAUCUAACCAAAACCACAGCGGGGGUGGCGGAGGCGUGGAAUCCUUUUUUAACAACACCUAUCGUGGGGACGACCCCCCCAGUCACCACACUACUCUGCAGCUCCGAUCCCCCAAAGACCACCGGGAGGCAUAUUCGUCUCCGCACUCUCCACAGUCACCACCUCAGCCAGCAGGAGGUAACACAGAAAAGAGCCGCAGCACCCUCGGGUUCCCUUUCAAGACGGACACGCUCACAAAGCAUCGCGGAGGGGGAGGAGGAACUGGUGAGCUGGAAAAGCAGCCAGGAAGUGGUACGGCGAGUCGCAAGUUUGGUUUGAAGCUGUUUCGUCUCAGCUUUAAGAAAGACAAGACAAAGCAGCUGGCCACCUUCUCUGCACAGUUUCCCCCUGAGGAGUGGCCUCUUCGUGAUGAGGAGGCACCUAGCCAGCUCCCGCGUCACAUAGAGAUGGAAAUUAUCCGCAGGAUUAACCCUGAUCUCACAGUGGAGAACCUUGCCCGGCACACGGCAGUCAUGAAGCGCCUUGAAGAGGAGCGGGCACAGAGGAGCAAAGCAUCAUCGGCCAAUCACAGUUCAAGAAGUAGAAGAAGUGGGGGCAGACACAGGAAGCCGUCUCAGACCAAACUUAGUCGCUCGCAUAGUAAGACAAGGGCGUCCCGGGGUGAGCAGAGCGAGAGUUCCCAUCUGGAAUUAACCGACCGGGACUAUAGAGCUUACUCAUCAUCACUAGCUCGAUCACCGAGGGAACACGCCCUGGCCAUGGAGCGUCAACGGACGCGCCUCCAUCUGGCACAUAGCAACCCCAACAUCCUUGACUCGUCCCACCUACCGGUCACACCAGAGUGGGACGUAUCUGGAGAGCUUGCAAAACGACGGACAGAAAUGCCUUUCCCUGAGCCGUGUCACGGCCCAUCAGCACACCACUCGAAAGUCCACCGUUCCCACUCACACACGCAGGAGAGGAAGUCUAGGAAUGAACGCAGCGAUAAAGCCAAGGAACGUUCCAGAUCAAUGGAAAACUCAAAAGGACCUCUUGGAGCUGGCUUGAUAGGACCACCAAGUUACUACGAUGAUCGAAGUCGUUACUACACUGAUGAUGGAACAUUACGAGCCAACCAGGGCUCUUGCCAUUACACUCAUGCCACUCCCCCAUUGGCUAAGAUGCCUGGGGAAUCACUUGGGUUGGACAGUGGCAGGAGUUUAGAGAAAUGUAAGAGCCGGGACAGUCUGCCAGCAUACUCUCCUAAACCACAGCACAACUCUGUCCCUCCUGAUGGCUACUUCCAGUGCUCCGGUUCUUCUGAGGCUAUACUCACAGCCCCAAGCCCACUGGGAACUCUUGGCAAAAGUAGCCAAGAUGGGUUGAAAUUGGGCUGCACUGAGAGGCAAACAGAAAGACAAACACCACAUCCUCAAGAAUUGAAGGAGGACUUUUCAAAAGCGGGACCUAAAGGUGGCAGUCUGCCUCCAAUACCUCUCUCCAUGCCAGAUCCCCCUGUUUCGAAUGCACGACCUCUCCACAGUGCCUCCUGUGGUCAAGAAAAACGUAAGGAGAUCUUUAGUAAAGAUACACUUUUUAAACCACCUCCUAGCCUUCCUUUGCCAGGAUACAGCUCUUUGAGGAAAACCCCAGUCCUUGCCUCCUCCACUCUGUCUUCAUCCUGCGAUGCACUUGAUUCCCAGGAGGCCUUUGAUGCUCCCAAACCCCUGGUUGCCACGCCCUCUGCCCCCAUACAGGGGAUUGAACCCACAACCAGUGCUGCAGAGGCUUCCUUUGACUAUUACAAUGUUUCAGAUGAUGAUGAACUUGAAGAGGGAGGAACUAAAAGUACAGGAGAGGACGGCAAAAGUGGAGGAGGUGUUGUUGGAAUGGGAGGAGGUGGAGCAGGCACCAUGCAGUGGCUGUUAGAAAGAGAGAAAGAAAGGGAUCUGCAGAGAAGGUUUGAAAGAACCCUCACCUUCCCAGGUUCGAAAGAGAACCUUCCAGAACCCAGUCAGAAUCAGCAGUCAGCACACUCUGCAAGACUUGACAGUAUGGACUCCAGCUCAGUUACUGUUGAUAGUGGAUUCAACUCACCAAGAACAAGAGAGAGUCUUGCAUCGAACACCUCGUCCAUAGUGGAGAGUAAUCGUCGGCAGAAUUUGGCCCUGAGUCCUGGCCACCUCGGAAUUACAAAUAGCAACGGUCCCCCUUUCUCAUUCCGCACCAUCCCAGAACCAGCUGGCAGCCAACCGGAGAAACUCCAAAAGCCUAACGCCUGCCUUGCAUCAAUCACCAGCGUCUAGAGGCCGUGAUAAAGGACAAGAGGAAGUCCUACUCAAUGGACUGUUAAACAUGCAGACUGUCACAUUGACUGAAUCAGUGGUGCUGCCACGAGACCACUGUGGAACUAUAGCUGAUAAUACUCACAGACAAAGGAAUUUAGACUACCAUGAGACUACUGUCUCAUAAACACACACAUACACGCAUACACCAUUCCGCUGGGCAGACUAACCAUGUCAUUUCAUAGCCUUGUGUUUACACACCGCUGUUGUGUUCUUUCACUUGCGUGGGUUCUACUUUGUGUGUGGGUGUGUUUUCAGUCGUGUGAUUUGGUGGGUGUGUGACGUGUGGGAUAUGGUUGUGUACCAGUAAUCUGGAAUCUCAGGUCAUAUAACUCCAACUCCCAUUCCAGCUGCUCCACAUCAGUGCAUCUCCGUCUGAUGGUGUAUUUUCACACCGAAGGGUCUGUGGCUCUACUAACUAAUCACUUUGUCUCAUCACUUUGCUUGAAUAUAGCCAACAUUGAUCAAAAAUGGGAGUUGGGCAGACUGAUAUUACUUACAGUAUAUAACAUGUGCCCAGUGCAUUUAAUUCAAGUACACGGAUAGUAAUGUUAAUAUUGAUCAACUAUGACCCGGUUUAAAAGAUUUCACUGAUCCUGGGCUAGUCACACACGCACACGCAUACCCACAAUGUAAAUCUAUGGUACAUGAUAAUUCUAGCGGUUUGUCAGUCAGUUGGAUUCCUGAAUGACCAAUUCAAGGGCACUUCUACAAACAUUCAAAACCAGAAAUUGAAAUUUCUUGAUUCUCUCAUUUUCACAGUAUUGAAAAAGAUAAGCAAAGUUGCAAACUUGUCAUCAAUUGUAACUAUUUCCUUGAUUUAUGGCUCCAAAUUGGACACCUCUGUGCUUUUUCAUUCAUCUCGUCCUCUGAUUGCUGCUGCCUCACUUCUGUUGUAUACAGUACUGCAGGAAAUGCACAGCUUUCUUCUGGGACAACAACCAGAAAAGGAUGGUCACAUUAAAGGCCUAUAAAUCUAAGUACUAUUGCAAUUGGUGCACUAUGGACAAAUGUUCUCAGAUGUUUGCAAUGCAAACUGUCAUCGAAAUGAGGUUUUAUAUACUGUAUACAUAUUUAUAUAUAUUUGCUCCCAGUUUUCUUGAGCUUGAUCUAAAAUGUCUACAUACAGAACACGAUGGGCCAUUUCCUUCAAAUUUUCAUAAAUCUGUCUAAAUCUGUCAAUGAGAAUUUCUCCUUUGUGGAGAUAAUCCAUCCCACCUAACAAGCGUUGCAUAUCAACAUGCUGAUUAGACAGCAUUAUUGCACAGCUGUACCCUAGACUGGCCGCAAUAGGAGUUUUAUCACAUAGCACAAAGUCACAGAUAUCCCACAUUUUGUAGAAGUGUGCACCCAGAAUGCGCACCAAAGCUAUUGCCCAUGAAUUGAUUGUUCAUUACUCUUCCGUAACCCAUCUCCAAAGGCAUUUCAGACAAUUUGUCAGUACAUCCAAUUGGCCUCACAACCACAGACUACAUGUGACCACAUCUGCCCAGAACUUCCAUAAUCAGCAUGUUCACCUUCAAGAGCAACUGAGAUCAGCCACCCAGACAGCUGCUGCAACAAUCGCUUUGCAUAACCAAAGAAUUUCUGCACAAACUCAGAAACCAACUCAGGGAAGUUCAUCCGCAUGCUUGUCGACCUCAUCGGGGUCUCGACCUGAUUGCAGUUUGUCGUUGUAACUGACUUAAGUGGGCGAAAUCUCACAUUCAAUGACGUCUGGCACGUCGGAAAGGUCUUCUCUUCACAGAUGAAACCUGGUUUUCAAUAUUCAGGGCAGAUGGCAGGUACCGUUUGUGGCAUCUUUUAGAAGAGAUACCCUGACAAGAUCCUAAGGCCCAUUGCUGUGCCAUUUGUCCACAACCAUCUCCUCAUAUUGCAAGGAGCUAUACCAGGGGUGGGCAAACUGGUUCUCAAGGGCCACAGCGGGUCCUGGUCUUUGUUCCAACCAAUCUAGCACAGACAGUUUAACCAAGGUUAUUUCAGUGGAAACAAGAAGCACCUGACUGAAAUCAACUGGUUGUACUUGUAAAACACAAGAUUGGUGAAAAGUCCUCUUAGGUGGGAUGGGUUGGAACAUAAAACUGCACCUACUGUGGCCCUUUGUGGAAUAGUUCGCCCACCCCUGAUUAAUACACAACUGGAAGCUAAAAUCAUCCCAGUUCUUGCAUGGCCAACAUACUCACUAGACAUGUCAACAAUUGAGAAUGUUUGUGGUUCAUAUGAUUGGCGUAUGAGGGAGCGUAAAACAGUUCCUGCCAAGCAACUUCACAAAGCCAUUUAAGAGAAGUAGAAAACAUUCCAUAGGCUGCGAUCAAUAACCCGAUCAAAUCGAUGCGAAGUAGAUGACUAGUUUUCUGACCCACUCCAGACCCCACAAUAAAUAACUGCACAUUUCAAUGUGACUAGCCUAAGGCACACCUGUGUGACAAUCAUACUAUUGUCUAAUCAGCAUUUUUAUAUGCCACACCUGUGAGGUGGGAUGGAUCAUCUUGAAUUAGGAGAAAUACUAACAGAUUUAGCGGCCAUUUACAUGGUGACACACAUGACAAAUUUUAUGUUUGCUUUUACAUGGUUCUGUCUCCAUUCGAAUGAUUUCGCAAUUCCGUGUAAAAACGAUGUAGUAUUCAUGCCAGCCCUAAGGGGGCAGUGCAGUUUAAGGCGACAGCCAAUGAUGCAAUUCCUUGACAACAACCUCCUCAGCCCGGAAGACAACAUGCCCGCCCACUCCAAGCUAUGGUGUCCAUGCGUUUUUUCUUUUGCUUCAAAAGGCUCAAAAACGCUAACAUAAAAUAUAUUUGAAUUAAAAACAUUAUAAAAACAGUAAAUUAAAGCCGAUGUUCCACCUUCUUUGCUGUUUUGAAUGUUUGACUUUGCAUGCCCAAAAUGACGUGUGUGAGUGCUGACGUCACCAGAGCGAGAACGUUCCAUUCAUAUGGUUGCGGAGCAAUCCCCGCAAUCAAAUCAUUCCGCUUUGGAGGCCGGAAUCAAAAUUUUGUGUCUUCGCCUUACGUUUUCGCCGUCAACAUGUAAAGGCGUGGCCAUUCCAUAAUAAAAUCUUUGCGUCCUGGUGUCGCAGCGUCACUAUGUAAACGGCCCGUUAGACAAAUUUGUGUAAGAUAUAUUUGAAGGAAAUGACAACGCAGGGGUGUCCAUGCUUUUUAACUGAGGGCCGUAGUCAGUCCAGGGUUUCAUUUCAACCAAUGAAGAGGACACGUUUUCAGCCAUCUGGUGUGUUACAAGUGUAAUCAGUUAAUUGCAGUCAGGUGCUGCUUGUUUCUGCAGAAACCCCAUUGGUUAAUUUGUCUGUGCUGGAUCGAUUGGAACAAAAACCUGCACCCACUGCGGCCCUUUGUUUAAUAGAUUGGACAUCCUUGGUCUAGCAUGUAUGUAGAAGUUUUAGAUCUUUUUAAGUCCAACUGUGAAAAAUGGGAGCAAAACCAGGAGUUCAAUUUGUAUUGAGUUCAACAUGCUGUUAUGUAGACUAGACAAAGUCACUCAUGACCUAAAUUUUUGUCAGCGACCCAAAUUGUUUGGAAAUGGAAAUUUCUCAAUAUAAUCACAAAUGCUAACCAUUGAUAAUAGCAAUGAACAUUGUAUAUCAAGACUAGGGUUGGGCAUCGAGCAUCGAUGGGAUCCGGGACUGACACUCCAGUUCUCCUGAAACCGUUCGAAUUUUUUAAUUUUGAUUCAAAGUUGCCCUGACCGCCGACCAGUAAAAAUAGCUGCCGAACACCAAGUAAAAGAAGCCACAUGAAUACUAGCUCCAUUAUGAGCAAAUCAUAUGAACUGGCUAAUUUAGCUUAGCACAAAAACAUGUUGCUUCGCUUCACAUAAAUAACAACAAAGUAACAGAAUAAACACACCGAAAGGAUAUCAGACCCUCAUUAAAACGUGCCAACUUAAAUUUGGUACAUCUUGUAUAUUUUGUUGAUUUUGUUUUAUGAAGGGUUCCCAACGAUGUGUAGUGCAUAGUAGGCGUGUAGCGUCUGUACACCUUACGGAUUCUUUUCCAACUAAUGUUAUUUUUGCCUGCUGCUUCCAGUACGUCCCCACUAGGGGAAGCCCAGUGCACAUAGCAAAACCAAAGAAAAAUGGUAGUCCCGAGUUACAAUAGUGACAUCUUGUGGACGGAUGAACAAUAUAUCAUUUUAGAAAGAAAUAACACUUAAAAAGUAGUCAAAUUAAGAUCAAGGGACAGAACACUCACUCCCUGGCCAUUAACUAACUUGUAGAAAUACCACCUAAAACAAACAAUGCAAUACAAUAAUUGCCUGCCACAUAAGACACUCUAAAACAUAGGCAAAAGAAUAUGUGUAAAUGUUUUCUCCGUGAGCUUUUGAAAAAUAAAUUUCUUUGUGAACGUGCACUCCUGUGGAAAGAAACUUCAUUAUAUUAUAGUUCAAAGACUGAUAUAUAUAUGUAAAUUGAAAAUAGGCCUGUAAGAAAUUCAUUGCAAAGUUAAUUGAAAGUUUAUAUAUUUAAAAAAAUUAUCGAGAAGUUAAAUUAAUGUAAACUAUGCAUUUAAAUUUUUUUUUUUUUUUUUACCCUGGCUAUUAAAAGAUUCGGAAUCGAGAAUCAUUUGGAACGGGAAUCGGAACUGUUCAAAUCCAAACGAUGCCCAACUCUAAUCAAGGCCAAGAAAACUGAAGCUGUCAAGUAAAAAAAAUAAUAAUAAUAAUAAUGGUUUCAUAUUUAACAUUUCCUGUAAUCAGUCAGGUUUGAUGCAAAAAAAAAAAAAUAUUAUUGAAAUGUUUGAGUAUGAUGUAUAACGGAGAGGCUUGGUUACUAACACACUAGAAAUGAUCGCCGAGGCAUUCAGUGGACAUGAGUAAUUGUGUUUUCGUUGACAUAACCAGCUAAAAGUUGCAAGGAGUUCAUGACAUGACAUGGCAUGAGAGUAUGAACAAUUCAGAACCUGGGAUUCAAAUGCAAAAUGAGCAGCUGUACUGUUAUUUGAAUGUCCAUUUGGAUGAUGCAGUCGUAUGGUUUUGAAAAUGAAUCCAUUUAAGUGUUGUUCACAUAGCAGAGUUGUGAUUUCACUUCUUUUAUUUCAGUAUUUUUUUUCAUACCGAACGAAACAUUCCUAAGUAUCUCGUUCAUGACUAGCUAACUGGAUUUUAAAUGAUUCGAUUCCUGAGACAAGCUCACUCAUGGUGCUUUUGGUCAUCUUGUUAAUCAAAAGAAGUGAUGAUAUAGUUGAAAUAUAGUAUUAAAUGGCUGCUUACUUGCGAUGAAUUCACCUCCAUACUAAUGGCAAUUAUACAAUAUAUCCCAUUUAAGAAGUUAAACAAGACUGAGCAGGAGGACACAUUGACUUGCCUGUGUGACAGUAGAGCCCUGGGUUGAAACGAAUCUGACCACUCACUCUCAGAAAAUCCUGAGAUACUAUUGGUCCUGUCCCAGUUGGAGAUCCCUCCUGAUGCAGGCACAGUAGGUUUACCAGCCAUCCUGAUGUGGUCGUCCUCCAAGCUCCUUUCAACUACCUCCACAACAGCAAAAAUACAGCCCAUCCUUCCCAUGAUCGCACCGUCAUCAGCCUCUGGCCUGUGAAUGUCUGCACAUACAGUACAUACGGUACACACUACACAUCCAAGUGCUGGACUCCCUGACUUUUUAUUUACCUUGGUUGAAUAUCUGCGUAGCUGCUAAUAAGCGAGUAAACUGAGUGCAAAGAUGGGGGGGGGGGAAGGGUUAUCUCAGAUUGGGGAUAUGCACAUUGUAAAGCUCCACUUAAAGCUCUUUAGAACGCCAAACAACGAUAUAUAUUGAAAUGACCUUAUGGUGUACGACAGCUUUAUUAUCUUCUCUGUACCAGAGUACUGACAUUUGUCUUAUAUUCAUAUGUUUUGCUCUCAAUGACAUACUACGAUGAAAAAAGUUGAAAAUCUGUUGUUCCUGGCAUUGCUAGCUAGCAAUAACUCUUCCACCAAUCAGUACAGUUGAGUUUUGUACGAUAACCAAACGUCCCACAGUGGCCCUUCAUUGGAAUGCCAGAUAUUUUCACUGAUGAAUACUCAAUUCAAGGGAGUUUUCUUACUAUUCAAGCUCAAAAUCAGGGUCUUUCAUCUAUAUGUAACGUUACAAACUGAUAUGUACUUCUUGGUGGAGAUGUGGUCCAAAACUCAACACCAGUCAUACUUGGAUUAUGGUUCCAGUCAUUGGAGCACUGCAAUAUGUUUUGGUUGUAAGCCUGUGUAUUCAAUAUUGAAGAAUAUAAUGUAGUCAUGUACUCUGAGUUCUCUUAAAGCAGUCUCUUCUUCAGCCCAAACCACUAGACCUUUCGUACUCCUCGCAUAAUUACAGCUGGGCUCCAGUGCCGAGUCUACCUCUCCAGAGGGAACAUGUAUCAGCUGUACCUAGUAUCGGUUGGUUCCCUAUUCUUUCAAUUUGACACAGUCAUGGUCUAAUUUCUAUUCUACCAUUCCAGUGUUCUCAGCUGCCCUCUUUCGAAAACUAAAGUCAGCUUGUAUUGUACCACUAAUCUAGGAUUAACCACUGAGUUACAGAUUCAGACCCUUCCAAAACCACAUCUGGGCUCUAACCUGUAGUUCCACCUCUAGACCAGGGCUGUAGUCUCAUGUAUGUUGGAGGUCAAGAGGUUCUGUAUCUCAUGUCUGAUAUUUGCACUGCCCCUUGCCCAAUUCUCCUACUUCUACCGCUACUCUAUUGCCCUCCAACCAGCCAUCAUAUCCAACAGUACAUCCCUUUUCUACACUGACAGUCUAUGAAAUGUCUUCCCUUAACAUCGGCAGUGGGUUCUGAAACUUGAGGUUCAACAAUAACAUUGCUUCAAAUGGUGACAUACCUGUAAAUGAUGUUUAUCUGUCAUGCCUAGUCAACUAAUUUAAACAAUAAAAAGAGGGAUUUAAAAAAAAAUAUCAAAUGUCUAUAAUAUCUGAAAGUCCCUUUGAUGUUAGUACUGGUGUUACCAUUGUUGUAGUGUACGUGAUACCCUAUGGGAAUUGUGUUACUUUUUAAGAUAAUAAAAAUAAUGAUGUUUGGUUACUUUGUGUGGUGUUUUGGGUUUUAUUGUACGCUGGAAAUCCUAAAAUCA